UAAUAGAAUGGAAUAAUGCUUUUCAUUUCAGAAUCUCCACCGACAAUUGGAAAUGUGAAGUGUGCAUUUUCUAAUUCUGAUGGUGAAUCGGCACCUAGGCCUGCCCCAGCUGUGCCCCAUGCUAGCCUUAAGGUCAGCACUUACUUGCCUGAGCAUUUGCAGAAGAGACGCAGCUCAUCUCGGUCCAUAAAGCGCAAGAAGUUCGACGAUGAGCUUGUCGAGAGCAGUCUCAUCAAGACACCUCGUACACGGCCUUUGCCUGGUACUCCUUCAACAUCACUGACCCAAAGCGUUGCCCCUGUCGGCAGCUCGGGUUCAGCACCAGUGCUUGCCAGUUACUCUGACAGCAGUCAGGUGGAGUCAAUUGCCCUGUAUUCAGAGAGGAAAAAGACAUCAAAGUCCACACCAAAGCGAGUGAAAAAGUCUUCCAAGAACACACAGGCCUUGGUCACGAAGGACCUUGGUCGAUGGAAGCCUCUUGAUGACUAUACUCUUUGUUUGGCCAUACAACAAACAACAAACCUGGAGGCUGUGUUCCGUGGAGUCAAAUUUUCCUGCAAUUUCACUCGACAAGAAAUCAAAGAAAGGUGGUAUGCGCUGCUGUAUGACCCUGUUAUAUCCAAAUUGGCUGUGACCUCAAUGAAACAGCUCCACCCAGAUGUUUUGGCAAGUGUGCAAGCCAAAGCCCUUUAUAGUAAAGAAGAAGAGCGCAUCUUGUGCACCAUACCAUCGACUUCGCAGCCCACACUUGAGGAUUUCCAACAACUUCUCGUGAAACAUGCAGACGUAUUUCUGUCUUCACGCACACCCAAGGAGUUGUUGCACCAUUGGACAUUAAUGAGGCAGUAUUUCCUCUUUCCCGAACAAAUGGCACCUCAGAGAGAAGAAGGGGACCGAAUACUCAACCUCUCUGAUGCAGAAGACGAAUUCGUAGAUGAGCAGCUCGUUGGUUGGGUGAAGGAUGAAGUCAUGGAUCACGGUGUCCAUCUACUAGAGCGCAAUGCCCUGCAAGAGAUUCGUCAGCUGGAAAAUGAACUACCAAAGUGGCAUGUGCUUGUGGACAGUGUCACUGGUGUAUCGCCACCUGAUUUUGACAAUCAAACUCUUGCUGUACUUCGUGGUCGCCUUGUACGGUACCUUAUGCGAUCUAAAGAAAUAACGAUUGGACGUAUGACCAAAGACAAUGUCAUCGAUGUUGACCUGUCUUUGGAGGGCCCUUCGUGGAAAAUAUCACGUCGUCAAGGUGUGAUCAAGCUUCGCAACACUGGGGAAUUUGUCAUUGCUAAUGAGGGCAAGAGGCCAAUCUUCAUUGAUGGCAAGCCAGUUCUAGCUGGCAACAAGCACAAGCUGAACAACAACUCUGUUGUGGAGAUUGCUAACUUGAAGUUUAUAUUUCUUGUCAACCAAGACCUGAUAAGUGUCAUUCGCUCUGAGGCGCCUCAGUCGUCGUAACAGCUACCGGACAAGAGGAUUGAGCUUCUUUUUCCAUUUCAUAGAGUGAAUGUAGUGUUUAAAAAGUCUAACAUCACCCUCUCAUUGUAAGAAAUACAUCAUUUACAUUUUUGAAGUUUCAUUUACAGAAAAUGUUUAUGUGGCACUUUUACAUAAGCUGCAAGUUUUUCUGUAUGUUUUUACUUCUAUUUUUCAAGCAGCCAUGAAAGACAUGUUUAAUUUGGCUUGCUGGGGUUUUUUUACCUGAGAAGCUGCACAGAUAGCACAAAUGUUAUUUUUCCGUUGUUUAUUGGUAUUAAAUUAUUCACAUGCAA